AUGGAUUCCCCACCAUUGGAUCAGCAUCACCAGUCGCCUGAUUUGGGCCCCAAUAAUGUCACUGUGCCGCAAUGGCGUUUCUGGGUGCUGGCUGUUGGUAUUUGCCUCAGUCUGUUUCUCUCUAUGAUUGAUACAUCCGUAGUAUCAACUUGUUUGUAUACUAUUGGAUCUGAGUUCAAGGCAACGCAGUCGGUCAACUGGGUAGCCCUUGCCUAUUCGCUAGCACAUCUAGCAUGCGCAGCCACGUUUGCCCAGCUUUCAAAUAUUGUUGGGAGACGCAAUGCUUUAAUUGCGGCAAACACUAUUUUCUUUACCUUCUCAUUAGCGUGUGGCUUUUCACAAAGCAUUGCCCAGCUUAUUGCCUUCCGUGCUCUCCAGGGCAUCGGCGGGUCUGCAAGAAGCCUUCCCAACAUCCCGAAGCAGUCUUGGAGAUCACUGGAUGCCCUAGGCACGUUUCUACUCAUUUCUGCAGCGGUUCUUGUUGUAUUCGCGUUUCAAAAUUCUGGCGAGUCUGGGGAUCGCGUCUGGACCAGCGCUAUUUUCAUUGCCCCGUUGACAGUUGGCAUAUGUAGCUGGGCGGUACCCUUUGCAUGGGAGUACACAGUCGACCAGAGACUGAAGCCAGGCAUUACACCCGCAUUUCUCAUUGCCCUCUUUCGCAACCGAACCUACGCAUCAGGGGUGCUAAGCACAAUGACGACCGGAUAUCCCUUGGUGCUCAUUAUAUUUUCCGCCACUACAAGGGUGCAGGUGGUAAGCGGGAAGAGCUCGCUGAUCAGCGGCGUAAUGCUAUUGCCGAUGCUGGGGAUGACUGCCAUUGGUGGCGCGAUUGCCGGUAAAAUCAACCGGCGUCGUCGCCGCGCCCUGGAGACUAUUUUUGCCGGGACCUGUCUUGUCCUUCUCGGAUGCGGGCUUUUGACGACAGUACGCGGCCCCUCGGACGACGUCAAAGCUCUAGGAUUCCUUGUCUUUCCCGGCCUGGGAUUUGGCUUGACGACCACUGCAGCGACGAUCAUGGCGACAGUUGAGACAUCACCUCAGGAUCGGGGUAUGUAG